AGCAAAACCUACGACGCACAAACAGCAGUGAGGACAGCCUUCUUCUCCUGCCAGCACGGGACAUUUCAUAUCUAGAUCGCUUGUCCUCUAUGGAGACAGUGGAAACCAAACCUCAUUCAGUAAGGGUGAAAUAUAAGGACACAUUAAUCAGGCCAUAUGGCAUCAUGGCCUGCAGGUGAUUGUAAUGCUGCCAUCCAUCCUCAGCAAGGACUCUUACUGAGGUCAGCUCAGGCCUUCAGAUAAAAGCUGUGAGGAUGCAUAUGGUUCGUGAGCUCACUUGAUGUCGGCACCCUCAGGGUGGGAGGGUCUUGCAAAAAAAGACAGUUGAAUCCUCCAACUAGCACCCACAUUUGUGACCCCGCUCAUGUUCCUGCAGAGCACAGAAUAGCUUGUUCUAAAGACACUGUUGCAGAGCUAAAAGGAAAGGACUUAUUUCCAACAUGGAGGGUGUAGCAGUAGACAACCUAAUAGACUUUGACCUGUCCUCAGAGGCCACAGCUCUUAGCAUAGAAGGAGGCCAAACAGACAUUUUCUCUCCAGAGCAAGCGCCUUCCAUGGAAGUAAACCAGCAGCUCUUACUGCCAGAGCCCAUGGCGCCAACCAAGCCCAGCUCUCACCACCAAGAGGAAGGAGACAAUGACAGCGAUGCUACAGAGUCGGCAGACAGCGAGAACGACAUGGACCCGCCCUCUCACAUGUGGGAUCUGAGGAGGUCGUCAUCUUCGUCCGCUCACAGUGGAGGGGACGCUGACACGGAGACAGUGGAGAGGAGGCAGUUCAUGAAGGCUUAUGUGGAGAAGGUGUUUCAUGGAAAGGAGGACUUUGACCAGGAAGAGAAAGCUCGUUUUGGAGAGCUGUGCAGUGGAGAGAAUAGCAAAGGCAGGGAGUGGUUUGCCAAAUACGUCAGUGCACAGCGCUGCCACUCCAAAUGUGUGAGUGAGGCCACCUUCUACAGACUGGUGCAGUCUUUUGCAGUCGUACUGUUUGAAUGUUACCAGAUGGAUGACUACAGCCCAGCAAAAAACCUCAUGACUAUGUGCUUCACAUACUACUACACUGGGAAAUCCCAGCCCUCUCCCUCAGAGCUGUUGGACCGUGGUGGUCCUCCAGCUGGUAUGGACUCGUACAUUAACAAGGCCAACUCCUGGCUGUCUGUGAAGAAGGAUGCCGCUGAGCGCCUCCUCAAAAACAAAUCCAAGACUGAUGUUAAAGGCUUCUUUGGAGGCCUAGAGAAUAAGCUGAGGAGCUCAAUGGCCCCCAAGACUGAGGAUGGGGAAAGCCCUGUUGAGACAAAGCCCGAAUCACCAGUGUGUGAGGCUCCAGAGGAAAGGAAAGGAGAGAAGGUGUACCUUUACACCCACCUGAAGCAGCAACCCAUCUGGCAUACACUAAGGUUUUGGAACGCUGCAUUUUUUGAUGCCGUCCAUUGUGAGAGGAAGAAAAGAUCACCAACCACGAGGGGAACGCAGGAUGAAGAGAAAGACAAGAGGGAGAAGUGGUGUCACAUGACCCAGGAGGAGAGGGACGACCGCUCCAAAAUGGAUGAGAACAUCGCCUUCGGCCAGCUGGGGACAUUCACUCAUAACAUGCUGGCGUUUGGUCUCAGUAAGAAGCUCUGCAACGACUUCCUGAAGAAGCAGGCAGUCAUUGGGAACCUGAAUGAAGAACAGUACAAGUUGCUGAGUGACUACAUAGACAAAAUGGCGACAGAGUGACUUUGAGGACUACAGGCUGCAUUCCAAAGUCUCCGACAGACUGACAGCACACAUGAGCAACUUCUUUGCAACUCAAUGACCAACUCUCCUUGUGACUGUUGCUGCAUUUGUGUUGUGCACUGCUGAAAAACAACAUGACCUACUGUACUGAACUGUGCCAUUGUUGUAGCAAACCCUGUCCAUUUGGCAGCGCUCCUCUACACCCGGUCCUGUAUCAGCGAUAAUACACCAGCUGGUGCAUACUGUAAUAUCUAUAACCUUCACUGCAAGCUUGAGAAAAACUAGCAGCAUAAAUUGAAACCAUCCAUUAUAAAACCUCAGUAUGGCGCACAUGAUGUAUGAUGAAUGAUAUAUCUUGGAUGCUGGGUAACUACAUGUAUUACAUGUUAGUGUAACACAUCUAACAGCAUCUGGUAAACACUACAUUAAGUAUCGGCCUUGUAACAUUUACAUAACAUACAGUUCAAACCGGACGUGGGAAUAAUAAUGCACGCCAAUAAUAACUUGUAGUGCUUUAAUGUGCUAUUCAAGUCUGUAUCCGAUUUGGCAUUACAAACAAAAACCACAGCUUUGACACAUGUAACAUGUAACAUGUAACCAUAUCACUGGCAGGAAACAAAAUCCCUCUAAGCCUUCUCUUCGUUGGUUUAGUUCAACAUCUUGAGAAAUACGCUUAUUCACUUUCUUGCAGAGUUGGACAAGAAGAUGUAUUCCACUCUCCACGGCUGUAUGAUAACUAUGAAGCUACAGUAAAGAGGCCGUUAGCUUAGCUUUGCAUAAAGCCUGGAAACAGAGAAACUGCUGGUCUGGCUCUGUCCAAAAGGUAACAACAUUUGGCCACCACUACCGCUGUGUUAAUUAUGCUAAGCUAACACAGUGAGUCUUUCUUCUGAUCAGAGACAUCUAAUACCUAUCUCUAUCACAUGUUAACACUUUUACUUUGGCACACAUUUACAAAUCUAGUGGUAUUCAUUUGAUGUUUUUUAAUUAGAGACUUGAUUACACCCUUGGGGACAUUAUAGACUACUUAUCUAUCCAAAGUGCCUUCCAUGGAAGUUAAUGUCUUUGUCUUCUGAUGCUCUAUUGCCCGACGAAACACUCAUGCAGAGCUUGUAAUGAUCACUCUAUUACACAGUCCCUGCAAUUAAAAAAAACUAACAAUUCUGCAUUCAAAUAAAAAAAAGUAAUAGUUUAUUUUCAAUUGGUUGAGCAUGUCGCCUGGAAGAACCCGGCCCACCAUACACAUUCUCUCCGCUCUUGCUGCAUAUGUAUCUAUCUGUAUAUCUAUAUCGCAUGUGCAAACAGCAUCAAGCAAAUGUAAAAGUAGGGACUGAACUGUGAAGUUACAUUUGCUAAUUGUGCUUCUUCAUCCUACCACUGCGGGGUAGCCUUGUGUCUUUCAAAGCACUUCUCAGUGAGAGAUUCCUGAAUUCCUGAAAAGUCCUUAGUCUCAAGAAUAUAUCGAUGUGCAUUUUUAAAUAAUAAUAUCUGGUUAUCUACAUUUGAAUUUCAGGAUAAUUCACUUUGUUGCAGGUUGAAUCCCAUUUCAGAUCGAUAAUCUGUUUUAAUCUAUUGUUUCGAUGAAGUCAUUUUGUAAAUACUGUACAUAUUUCUCUGUAUGUUGUAAGAAUGUAUUAUGUGCUGCUGUUUGUGAAUUGCAAAUGUAUGAUCAAUGUAUUUAAUUGUACAUUGUGACAAUUGUGUCUAUGAGGAACAUAAAUGUCUAACUGUAGUUCUGACCCUGAAGUGCCCCCACACAUCCAACUUCUGUUAGACAAGCUUUCAAAGUAUUUGCAUAUCGUGUUGUGCAAUAAUCUUCAAUGUACAUGUAAAUCAUUCCUUCACAGCUGAGUGACAUGUUUUGAGCCAUGCGCAUAAUAAUCAUACAAAUGAUAUUAUAGAUCAUAUAGAAAGCCUUACAAAUGUGCUUUGAAUCCAUUUCUAAACCUUUGAAACAUAUUGUGAGACAUUGUGCGUGAUGGCAAAACACCCUUCAUGCCCUGUUGUGUUUUUCCUCACGUGACCUUUGACCAUGUUGAAACUUUACCCUUCUGGCUUGGUUGAAAUAUUGAAAUGUAUAUUGUACUUGUUAGCUCAGCAUGAGCCAUUUGCACUACAUGUAUCUUAUAAAUAUAAUGAUUUAUGUAACAUUGAUCCCUUUUAUAUUUGUUCUGCAUGACCAGUGCAUGCUCUCUCUCCAACAUAUCUAUUGCUAAAUGUUGACGGCAGUUUGUCUUUUGUAUCGAGGAUGAAAAUACUAUUUUAACUGUAUUGAAAUUUGUCAUUAAAGUAGUACAUUAGGUUUUUA